AUGGGGUCGAUGCGCGCCUUUCCUGCCGGACUCCUGCUGCUCGCCUUUGCGCUCAUCUGCGGUCAGUCCGCUGCUCUCAUUGCUGCAGUAUCUUUGGCUUCUCGAUUCUCUUUUCGCUUCCCUCUCUGCUCUCUCAUAUCUGCUCUCGCAUAUCUGCUCUCUCAUAUCUGCUCUCUCGUAUCUGCUCUCUCAUAUCUGCUCUCUCAUAUCUGCUCUCUCAUAUCUGCUCUCUCAUAUCUGCUCUCUCAUAUCUGCUCUCUCAUAUCUGCUCUCUCAUAUCUGCUCCCUCAUAUCUACUCCCUCAUAUCUGCUCUCUCAUAUCUGCUCUCUCAUAUCUGCUCUCUCAUAUCUGCUCUCUCAUAUCUGCUCUCUCAUAUCUGCUCUCUCAUAUCUGCUCUCUCAUAUCUGUUCUCUCAUAUCUGCUCGCUCAUAUCUGCUCUCUCAUAUCUGCUCUCUCAUAUCUGCUCUCUCAUAUCUGCUCUCUCAUAUCUGCUCCCUCAUAUCUGCUCUCUCAUAUCUGCUCCCUCAUAUCUACUCUCUCAUCUCUGCUCUCUCAUAUCUGCUCUCUCAUAUCUGCUCCCUCAUAUCUACUCUCUCAUAUCUGCUCUCUCAUAUCUGCUCCCUCAUAUCUACUCUCUCAUCUCUGCUCUCUCAUAUCUGCUCUCUCAUAUCUGCUCUCUCAUAUCUGCUCUCUCAUAUCUGCUCUCUCAUAUCUUCUCUCUCAUAUCUACUCUCUCAUAUCUGCUCUCUCAUAUCUGCUCCCUCAUAUCUGCUCUCUCAUAUCUACUCCCUCAUAUCUGCUCUCUCAUAUCUGCUCUCUCAUAUCUGCUCUCUCAUAUCUGCUCUCUCAUAUCUGCUCUCUCAUAUCUUCUCUCUCAUAUCUACUCCCUCAUAUCUGCUCUCUCAUAUCUGCUCUCUCAUAUCUGCUCUCUCAUAUCUGCUCCCCCAUAUCUGCUCCCUCAUAUCUGCUCUCUCAUAUCCGCUCUCUCAUAUCUGCUCUCUCAUAUCUGCUCUCUCAUAUCUGCUCUGUCAUAUCUGCUCUCUCAUAUCUACUCCCUCAUAUCUGCUCUCUCAUAUCUGCUCUCUCAUAUCGGCUCUCUCAUAUCUGCUCCCUCAUAUCUGCUCUCUCAUAUCUGCUCUCUCAUAGCUUUUCUCUGUUCUCCUCCCUGCACACCCUCUCCUGUGUCCUCUGCAGCAGUUCAGAUGAUGAAGGCAGCGCAUGGCGACGACUCAGUGAGAAGCAUCAUGACUCACCGUAGCCUGCUGCGGACCAUGAUGCGGAAAGGCGCGUAUGGGGAAGGCGUAGAGGCGGAGACAGGAAGCAGGAAGGUCAAUGCACGGAUUGCACUAGAGACCACCACCACCGGCAGCACAACUGAUCCUGCCUGUGCGGCGCUGGCCUGUCAGCCUGGCAGCAAAUGUGUGGUGGAUCAGAACGGAGUUCGCUACUGCCAGUGGCGUAAGUAUUUUCCGGCUCUGUCUGCCAGUGAGGUGAGUUCUUUCCUGCUCUGCCUGCCAGUGAGGGAUGAGUGCUCUUUCCUGCUCUGUUCAAUGAGUGGAUUCACAACCACGCCCAUCCCUCACCCCUUCCAUUCCCUCUCCCGUGCUUCCUGCGUUCUUCAGCCUCUCUUCAGUUCCGUACUGUUCCUGCCCCGAUGGCUAUGGGAUAACCUCAACCGACUGUGUUCAGGGUAG